AUGAGUGAAGGGGGAAGCCCUGCAGGCCGCCUCAUUCCCAGUAACCAAUAUAGCGAACCCUUUGCCUCCACGCAAGGCCUCCCGCAAUCGUUGCCCCGUGUCUGUGAAGCCUAUUAUCACUACCACAUCACCGUGCGUUAUCCCCAGCGUGGAUCCUAUACCGUUUUGCUGCACCUAGAGAACGGGCCUCCCCUCAGCCUCAGCCUAAACAUCGAUGUGCAGCCUGCUCUUCUCCACGUCUUCAGUGCUUCUUCUGCCCUGCUUAGUCAAACCCAGAAGCCUCUCGCCCUCUCCUGGAGUCUCCAGCCUCUGAGCUCCAGCAUAACGGCCUACACACUGGAGGACUUGCACGGACGGGAGGAAUGGUCUUUCUCCUACAAAUACAAUCCUUUCGGUCUGCAAAGCCAUUUCUGCGCUCCGCCCAUCUCGCAAGCUUCGGGAAAUAAGGUGAUCUCCAGAAUCUACUUCCGUACCAGUAAAACAUUCUCUGAGAAGCUGAGCGGAGGCUUCAAUUUCUCUAACAACACCUUGAUUUUCCAAGGAAGCAGUGCUGCUGGACCAAUUUCCAUCAGGCUGAACCCACAGAAAAUCAAAAUAGGGACGUACUUUUUUAGCCAGGAAUCUGGGCUCUUGUAUUCCACCCUAGAAGGCAGUGGGCCCUCCAGUCUCCACCACCUCUUUUUCCAACAGGUGGCCCUUUCUACCCUGAUUUCUAUUGAAUUUGUGAAGACACAAUGGUUCAGGUUUAGCAUUCACUUAUAUCUGAACCGAAAGGAAGGUCUGUUCAAAUCCUUGGCUGAGAAGGAGAUGGAAGUCCACGUUUUCAGUGGACAGUCUCCCGAUAAAAACUUGGUCUACGUUGUGUGGUUUAUUCCCAUGCCACAUCCCUACUUGCAGUGCGACUGGGCUUUCCAUCUGCAACUUUUUCAUUCCAGGCAGGAGCACAUCCUUUGGAAUAAGACAUACACGUAUAAGGACCGUGUUAAAAACGCUGUUCGUUUUCUUCCGCAUUCUGUCUUCUCCUUCAGACCCACACAGUAUGUGGGCUUUGUAGCAGAAGUGAAUUGCAGGCAAAAUGGACUCGUACGAGCGGUUUUAACAGCCGCCCUGGGGACUUACGCUUCCAAGGUGAUGGAGCCAGUUGUGCCCUGCCAGAAAAGUUAUUGCCGUAAACUGACCAUUGUCAUCCAUAAACCCAACCCUUCGGAACCUGUGUGGCGUUAUAAGAGAGAGAAAGACAUCACAUUGCAAGCAACAGCCGAAGUGAAAUGCAGGACUCGUCCAGAUCUUGAUUUUCUUUGGAAAAUAUACACGCUCAGCACCGCAUGGUCAAUUCCAGAUUGGCCAAACUCUCUCACGCUCCCCAAAGGGAUGAACACAAGGGGUAUCGUGUUGCACAUACCUGAAAAUGCCCUGCCGUAUGGCUUCUAUCAUGUGAAUUUGACCAUGAGUGUGCAUCUAUCUGCAGAAAACAUAACAUUCGUUCGGUCUGAUUCGGUCUACCUCCAAAUUCUAGGAAGUGGGUUAAGGGCAGUUAUGGUUGGAGGCCUCUUCCGCACGGUUGGCAUUUCUGAUUGGUGGUCUUUGGACGGGUCCUUAUCUUCGGAUCCGGAUUCUAUGGAGCCUCGGGAAGGAAUUCUGUUUCACUGGUUCUGCAGCAAACGAGAAUCAGACUAUUCUGUGAUGAAGCUGGGUUUAGGUCAGAAAUGCCACCCGCGGCAACGUGAUCUGUACUGGACCCACUCGAAAGAACCGGUGCAAGUUGUGGAACCGAAGACUCUUCAGGAAAAUACGACGUAUUACUUUAAGCUGGUCGUUGUCAAGCGAAACCAAUCUGCCCCCACGUUUCAAGCCAUUCAUGUCCUUCCUGGUCCUGAGCCUGUUCUGCGUAUCCUCUGUUUGGAAAACUGUGAGAAAGGCAUCAAAGCCACUGAAAGAUUUACUCUGUAUGGAAAGUGUCUGAACUGUGAAAAAGCCCACUUGGUUUAUUUCUGGAGCCUCCUUUCAGCAGAUGCCAAGGAAGUAUAUUUCGACUGGGCUUCCAAAACGACCACUGGGAGAACCACUCCAUAUUUGCAUAUAAAUUCUUUGGCCUUUAGCUCCAUGAAUGGCCAGUUGUAUAUCCUUAAACUGAAAGUGAGUAAGCAGGGAGUCCAGUUGGCUGUGUGUAGCUACUCUUUUUAUGUCCACAUGCCCCCUCGGAUUGGAAAAUGUUUCAUUGAACCAAGGGAAGGCAUUGCGCUGAUGACCAAAUUUACCCUCCGGUGCUCUGGAUUUGAUGACAAGAAGGGGCCUCUUCUCUACAGAGUCAUUGCCCGUUCUGAUCUAGCCCAAAUAGCUAACGUAUCAUCUCUGCAAAAUAACACACUUGGGACCAUCGUUUAUCUUGGUCAUCAGCGGAACCCCCCGCCCUCAGUUCUUCCCAGCGGUGUACCCUCUGAAAAAUAUGCUCUGAACAUACUUGUUCAAGUUUACGACACCGAUGAUGCUUUUUCUCAAAUCAGUUUGCAGGCAACGGUAUACGACUCAAAGACCAGCAAGCCAACAGAUCUGGUUCUCAAUGAACUGUAUCACCUAGUCGGACAGCUCAAUACCUCUGCCUCUGCCUUCCUUGACACUGAAGAUUACUUUCACGCAGGCUUCGUUAUCUAUAUGGUGGCUUCCGAAUUAAAUAACCUUGAGCCGUUGCCCAGUUUUUACCAUUCUAAAAUUGAACUACGAGAAAUGUUACUUAACAAAACCGCGUGGAUUCCCAUCACCGAGACAGGGAUACUAAACCAAGUCAUCUCUAGCAUUUGUCAAAUAACGCAGAAUGCAAACGAAGUUAGUAGGAAGUCCCAGCUGACCGCAGUCCGAAUCCUCCGAAGGGCCAGCGAAGCUCUGAAAAGGCACAGAGACGUUGAUCUCGGUUCUCAAGAAGCUGAGGUCCUUGCUGGGGGCAUUUUUACCGGGCUGACUAAUGUGUUAAGAGCUUCCCUCUUGAACUCCAAGAAUGGGGCUGCGAACACCAUCAAGGAAAUCAUUUCAAUGUCAGAGUUUUUGGCAGAUAUAGUUUUACAAGGCAAAGUCCCUGGGGAAGACCACGUUAACAUGGAAGCCAAAGGCUGGUCCAUCCGUUUAUGGAAAGUGGAAAAGCGGGAAGUUUCCAGGGCUCUCUAUGAAAGAAGUUCUCAUAAGAAUUGCUUUUAUCCCAAAGUGAGAUUGGAAAGCCAGGCAGAGUUGCCAGCAGAUGCGCUGAUUUCCGUGGUUCAUUAUGUAUUUGAAGAGAAUCCUUUCCCUUGGCUGAGGAAGGCGGGAGAUAAUCAGACGGUCGUGAUGGGGUUCAAAGUGGCUGGGGCCAAAGCAAACGGUGACGUCAUUGGGGUCACCCCUAAAGUGGCCGAAGUGAUCAUGGAUAGAAUAGUUAAGGAUCCCGUCGCAUUUAAUCUGACGAUAGGGCUGGAUAAAAAGCGUGUGGCCACAGUUGGUGGAUUUAGCAUAGAAGUCAAUAGAAAUUCACCAGACAUAUAUGUCCAGAUUUUGUGCCACAGGAACAUCACUUUCAAUGUCUCCAUCUACUUGGGACUCAAUUUUAGCUCCCCCCCAGUUGUGUCUUACAUUGCUUUCUCUGACAAGCCGUCUACUCUGCAGAAAAGUGGGGCCAAUGUCAAAUGUGCAGUUAAGGCUCCAUAUACCCUCUGCCUUCCACAGGAAUUGCUUUGGUCUGAACCAGCAACUAAACGGAAUAUUUCAGUGGUCCUAAGAUCUCCCCCGCUGUUCAGAAGGCAGACCACCAAGAUCGUUCGCAUCGUGGUUUUUACCGCAAGCUGCCGAGACCUAGGUCACCUUCCAAACUUUGAACCGUCGUCCGAAGGAACCUGCCGCCUCGGCCCUCAGACCACGUUGUCCAAACUUCACUGUGUCUGUGGACCGAACCCCAGAAUGGCUCAGCAGCAAUGGGCAAAGCCUUCAAAACCUGAAGUCAGAUUUGUUGAUGACACGUUUGUGAUUUACCCCAAUCCUUUGGACCUCAAAAAAAUACUCUCAGCAAAUUUUGACACAAACCCAGUGACGGUUUUGACCGUGUUUUUCAUUUUUGCUGGCUAUAUCUUCUGUUCGUCCUGGGCCAUCAUUAGAGAUAAAGAUGACUUGAGAAGAAAGAACAAAAUCUUUGUCUUGCCGGAUAAUGACCCUUAUCACAGAAUGCACUAUCUGGUUACCAUCUAUACCGGAAGUCGCUUGGGAUCCGGAACCACGGCCGAUGUUUUUCUUGAAUUGAUUGGGAGAGAUGGUUACAGUGACGUCCAUCGUAUGAAGCACCCCAAAUUCCCAACCCAGUAUCGUGGCGCUGUUGAUACUUUUCUUUUCGCUACAAGAUACGACUUAGGGGAUAUUUAUUGCAUUCACAUAUGGCACAAUAACGGUGGUUCUUCCCCCAACUGGUACUUAAGCAGAGUCAAAGUAUUUAAUGUGGAUACCCAACGAUCGUGGCUGUUUAUAUGUAGGAAGUGGCUAGGCCUUGGCAAGGCGGAUGGCAAAAUAGAAAGAUACAUUUUUUCUUCAAAUCUAAAAACAAGGUUGGAGAAAAUGGAUUUCUUUCAGAUACACCUAGCUAGGGACUUAGAAGAUAAUCAUCUCUGGCUUUCCAUAUUUUCUCAAGUGGUCACCGGUACUUUCAACAGGCUACAGAGAGUCUCCUGUUGUCUGGCUAUAAUGCUUUCAACUUUGCUCCUGAACAUCAUGUUCUUCAGUGGUCAGGAAGAAGCAAAAAUUAUUCCAUUAAAAUUCCGGAUUGUGAGAUCCAUGUACAUUGGAGCAUUCAGUGCUCUGUGUUGCGUUCCUCUACAGCUGACUAUGACCAUCCUAUUUAGAUACUCAGCGGAAAAGCCUUCCGAUGACAAGGACGAUAUGGUGCCUGACUAUAGUCCCUCAUCUUCGGAAACAAGUGAGGAAGAGGAAGAAAGCUCCUCGUCGACCACUACUGAUGAAGAAGACGAGGGCAAAGCAGGUGAGACAACCACUGCCUCAGAAAAGGAGGGCACUAAAAUUAGCACAAGAAAAAGGAUAAUUCUGCUGAUCAAGGUGUUUACUCGGAAGCCACAGUUCGCCUGGUGGUGGAGAUACGUCGCGUGGGCCAUUGUUUUUUUCAUGUCUAUUGUCUCUUCUGUGUUCAUCAUCUUAUAUGGCUUCAGCUACGGCUAUAGCACCUCCACAGAAUGGUUCAUAGCAUCCAUAACGUCAUUUUUUGAGAGCGUAUUCCUGCUACAAACCCUAAAGAUGGCCCUCAUCUCAGGAGUCAGCACCAUUAAUCUCAAGUACUGCAAGCACAUCGCCUGGAUAUCGGCAGAGCAAUACCAGAAGAUGAAGCUGCUCCGGGUGAAUAUAGAUGCUAAGGAUGUCAGAAAGUUUCACCACGAACUUGUCAGGAUUAGGCAGAGCAAAGAAUACGAGCCCUUGGAAGAGGAUGAAGUCGUCAUCUUAAGGAAAAAAGUACGGGCUCAACACCUGGCAUUUGUUUUCAUAAAGGACAUCAUUUGCCAUCUUAUCUUUGCCUCCUGCGUUCUAAGCAUAGCUUACUCCACUAUACCCACCGUUUCCUUUUACCACAACAAAGUGAUCCACGCUAAAUUUAAUCGUGGUCUGUCCAAAGUAACAAAACUUGAGGACAUUUACACUUGGAUGAAUGAAACUUUUGUACCAUUGAUACAUAACGACUAUCAACCCACCUACCUUUCAGAUUCAUGGUCGAAAAUUCUUGGUUUGCCCAGAAUGAGACAGGUCCGAGGCCUACAUCUUUCAAAGCCUUGUUUUCCUCCAGGCCACUUUGCAAACAAUUACAUGAUCGGCCAAAGAUCCUGUCACUAUGAGUUCGCUGAGGAUCCAGAAGAUCAAAAGCACUACCUAGGGUCAUGGACCAAGCCGGUCGACAAAACCGUCUCCAGUAACAUUGCCAAUUUUCAAGGAUUCACGUAUCAGUCCGAUAUUGAUCAAUGGGAAUAUAAGUCUUAUGGUGUGGUAAAUUCCUAUGGCCCGGGCGGAUACUCGUUUUAUUUUUUCCCAGGAGAACAACGGCCAAACACGACAACAAGGUUGGAAGGUUUGCAAAGCAAUAAUUGGCUUGAUAAACGGACCCGGGCUCUGAUUUUUGAGCUGACAACAUUUAGUGUGGAUGUAGAGCUCUACUGCAGCAUCACAGUCAUUUUUGAGUUUACCAACUUUGGCAUCGUUAGUUCAACUUUGUCAAUCCAUUCAUAUAAGCUCUCUAAAUUCCAGUAUGAAAGCACUUCCCGGUUGGUGACUUACGGAGUCAUGAUUUACAUUCUGGUCUUCUACUUAGCGGAUGAAUUUCACAUGUUACGCCAAGAAAGGAUCGGUUAUCUCCAAACGGCGACCAAUUUAAAUAAUUUCGCCAUCAAGAACAUCUGUAUGUUUUUUAUAUUACUCAUCGCCUUGAAAUUCAAGAUGGCAUUCACCUUGCUGGAUUUUUAUCUGCUCAAUCCAGAAGAAUUUGUCCCUUUCCACGUUGUUUCUCAAAUUGAUCAGCUCUACACGAUAGUGGCAAGUAUUUUAGGUUUUCUCCUGGUGUUGAAACCCUACCGAUAUUUCAGGUUCUUGUACAAGGUGCGCCUUGCGGAGCAAACCAUGUCAGCCGCCUUCCCUGUGUUUCUUCAUUUGACAGCCCUCGCCGUUCUGUUGUUUUGCACAUUCAUGAUCUUUGGCUACCUCAUAUUUGGUCAGUAUGAGUGGUCCUUCAGUUCCUGGGAUCACUCUCUGCAGGCUGUUGUUGCCUGUUGCUUUUCAGGAUUUAAGCAGAUGGAUGUUGCAUCGAGGUGGUGGCUCACCAUAUUUUUCCAAGCGUCAUUCCUAUUUACAGUGAUAUUCAUCUUCGUCAAUUUAUGGAAGGUCCUGUUAAUGUCAACUUACACAUCGAUGAAACAGACCGUUUACGAGCAACAUUCGGAUGAAGCCGAAGCCAUAAACUUUUUGUAUUUGAAGUUGCGAGGCCUAUGGUGUAAUCUAACCCGCCAGCCAGAUACUGGUGACGACUACGCCAAUGUUACAAUAUUUGUUAGCCAGAAUCUUGGUGGCCAUAUUGAAAAUGUAAACCGAAGAAAGAUUCUAGAAUCCACUGGCUCAUUUCCUCCCGUUGAGAUCUCUAAGGUUACUAAGCGACAGCUGGUCUCCUGUCUUUGGGACAGCCAUGUGGUGUUGCACUACUCAAAAGCCCCCCAACAAAACUCCAAGGAGGGAGGGGCCGAAUCUCCAGUGCCUCCUCUCUGCCACUGGUAUCGGGAUGCCAUCCUGGUCAACCAGACGACUUCCUGGACAGGUGAGUUGAUGCUCAGUCCAGGCCUGCCAUGGAAAAGUCCCCAUCCACCUUGGGCUGGUUCUCGGAUCUCCAUGCAGUGCAUCUCAGUUUCAUGCUUGGCUCCCUUGUGCUUGUAUCACAAUUUGAGCAUUGAGGUUGUGGACCAAGAUAUCCAUCUCUUCCUGCUGCAGCCUCACACCCUUCCCAUUUUGGAGAGGCAGCCGGUGUGGGUGGGCUGGUGUGCCCGCCUCAAGAGUUCGGCCUGGCACUACUACUUCGAGAGCCAAGGGGGUCUUCCUGAGGCCCGCCUCAUUCCCACCAACCAGCACAACGAGCCCCUCCUACGUAGUGACUAUCCCACUGCCAAGUUGCACCAGGUCUGCAUGCCUUACUAUAGUUACCAUUUGACUGUGCAGUACCCACGCCGUGGAUCCUACAUUGCUUCGGUCAGCUAUAAGCCGGGUCCCCGGAGCAGCCUCAGCCUGGAUUUCUUGGUGGAGCCUGCUCUGCUCUUUGUUUUCAGGGUAACCUCCCAAUUGCAGAGACCGUCACAAGGGGCCCUGAGCUUUUCCUGGAACCUGCAGCAGCUCAGCCCAGAAAUAGUAGCCUACCAACUCCUGGAUACACAAAGAUCCCUAGAGUGGUCCCACUCCUAUGAUUACAAUCCGUUUGGCAUGCACAGCCAUUUCUGCGCUGUGCCCACAUCACACCAGACCAAGGAAACAGUCGUGGCCAAUGUAUACUUCCGGACCAGCCAGAGGGUAUCGACGAGAGCAAGGGGAAGCCUUGAUUUCUUAAACAGGACCCUGAUUUUCAGAACAAGCAGGACAAGCUCAAUUUCCAUAAGACUCAACCCACAGGAAAACACAAUCAGCACUUAUAUUUUUAGCCAAGCCCAAGGACUCUACUAUUCUACCCAAAAAGGGAACUUGAGCAUGGGCCUUGCUAAGAACUCCAGCCUCUGCUAUGUACUUUAUCAGCAAGCGGGCCUCUCCUACCUGAUUACAGUUAAAUUCGUGCAGCUACAGUUAUUUAGAUUCAGCCUGGAUAUUUAUCUGAAUCGGAAAGAGGCGCUGUUCCAGUCUCUAGGGGAAAAGGAGACGGACGUUUAUGUCUUCAACAGCACUUCUCCUGACAACAGCUUGGCCUAUGUUGUGUGGUUCAUCCCCGCACAGCAUCCCCUUCUGCAGUGUGAAUGGGCCUUCAAUCUGCAAGUUUUCAAUUCCGUGGGCGGGCACCUGGUGGAAAACUCCACUUUUGCCUACAUUGAUCGGACCCCAAAUGCAGCUCAUUUCCUUCCCGAUUCUGCCUCAGCUUUCCAUCCUGAUUCGUAUGCGGGAUUUGUUGCCAGAGUGAAAUGCCUAAAGAGGGCGAACAUUCCCAUCGUGUUCACUGCGAGGUUUAAUAUUUACGCGCUGAAAGUCAUAGAAUCGCAAAUUGCAUGCCAGCAAAAAACUUGCACCAUUCCCAAAGUUAGGAUCCACCGGGGGGUUAAUACCAAACACAUCCUGCAUUACGCACAGGAGACUGGAUUUACACUUGCAGCAGACAUGCGGGUCAAUUGCCCAGGCCCCAAAUCAACUAAAGUUAGUUGGAACAUCUAUAAAGUCUCUAAUCUGUCAGAUAAACCAGACUGGUCCAAACCUUUUAAUCCAACUGGUAUUGAAGGAAGACAUUUCAUCCGGCUAAAAAUCCCUUGCUCCAGCUUGGAUACUGGCCUGUAUCUUUUUAAUUUUACUGUGCAAUUAAUUUCACCCACUUUCCCCCAGAUGAUAGAGCGCUCGGAUGCAGUGUUGAUAGAGGUUGGGUCAGAUCUCUGGGGUGCUGUCAUCAUGGGAGGCCACUUUAGGUCCGUUGGCUUUUCUGAUCGGUGGAUUCUAAAAGGAUCUGUCCUGUCCAAUGGUGAGAUGGUCAGUCUGUCUCAGGGACUGUCCUAUACUUGGUAUUGCACCAAACAGGAAAGAGACUAUACAUCGAUGGCCCUCAGCACAGUUGGGAAAUGUUAUCCAGAUCAGGUGGAUUUGAAGUGGACCACAUCCUCCAAUUCAAUUCAGAUGGUACUUCCAGAAACACUUCAGGCCAAUAACACAUACCAUUUUCUCCUGUUAGUUCAAAAUGGUAGCAGGAUAACUCAAGCUCAGCAAACCGUACAUGUGCGUGCUCACGGUGCCCUCGUUCUAAACAUUGCAUGCACUGAAAAUUGUGGAACGUCAGUAAUUCCAACAGAAAGAUUUUCUCUGUCUGGUAAAUGUGGGAACUGCAGGGAAAUCAAAUCCUGGUAUUAUUGGUCACUGCGCUCGGCCCAGUCCCAUGAAAUCAAAUUUGACUGGUCUUCCAGAACAACUACUGGUAGAUCCAGCUCAUAUCUACAUUUCAAAGCCUUUGCUUUGGUCUCCAUGGCAGAAGAGUUCUACAUUUUGAGCCUAAAAGUCGUCACCAAAAAUGGACAGUCUUCUAGCUGUGAAUAUUUUUUUUAUAUUAAUGCUCCGCCACAGAUAGGAAAUUGUGUCCUUCAUCCAAAAGAAGGAAUAGCUUUUCUAACAAAAUUCAUUAUCCAGUGCCAUGGAUUUGAGGACAGAAAUCAGCCUCUCGCCUACAAAGUAAUAGCAGCAUCAGAUCAAAUGACAAUUAGUUCCAUAUCCUCAAUUCAAAAUAAUACUUUGGGGAUAAUCAUCUAUGUUGGACAUGAAUCCAAAACUCCAUGGUCUUUCCUUCCUCCUGGCAGACCCUCACAGACCUUUGCUUUGCCUAUAUAUGUUCAAGUUUUCGAUGCCCUUGGUGCAUCUUCUCAAGUCACUUUGCAAGCAACAGUGCUCGAUCAAAGACAACCACCAACCAAUGCUGUCCUCCAUCAACAACUAUAUGAUUUGAUGAAUGGAUCAAGUGCCCUUAUGACCAAGUUGCUCAUCACCAAGGAUUACCUGAGUAUAGGCUAUAUUGUAUACAUGAUGGCCGCGGUCUUAAACAAUAUUGAAGCUUCACCCUCCAAUCGUGUUCCUAAAGCAGAUUUGCGUCAACACCUCCUCAAUAUAAGCACAGGGAUUCCUAGCACUAGUAUCGGGGAAAUCAAUCAGGCGAUCCUAAGUAUUUGUCAAGCAACGCAUGAAAUUGCUGAAGUCGAUAAAAUAUCCCAGCUGCUUGCAGUAAGAAAAUUAAAAACAGUCAGUCAAGCUCUGAGGAGACACAGGAAUCAAGGCUUGGGCUCAAAGGAAACGGAGAUUCUUAGCAACGGGAUUUUCACAGGAUUGUCCAAUAUCUUGGAUGCUUCUCUCUUGAAUCACAGAAAUCCUAACGCGGAUGCCAUUAAAGAAGCGAUUUCUGUGACCGAAAUAUUAACAGAUCUCAUUUUACAAGGCAAAGUCCCUGGUGGGAAUGAAACUAAAAUGGUCGCCCGAAACUGGUCCAUCCAUCUUUGGAAAAGCAAAACAUGGGACAUUUCUGGAAGUUUCUCAAAGAGGAAGCAAUGUAGGAGCUGCUUUUAUCCAACACUAAAGCAGGGGUCUCAUGUGGAGUUAGAAGAAGAUAAUGUCGUUUCCACCGUUCUGUACGAAUUUGAACAGAAUCCUUUCCCUUGGCUGGCUUUUGCCGACAAUAUUGGCACAAUAGUGACAGGGUUCAAAAUGGCGGCAGCCGAUUCUAAAGGAGACCUAACUACCAUCGUUCCUGAUAUGUUUGAAAUGAUCUUGACUAGGACAGACAAGGCCAUCUUUGAGCUGACUAUAGGGCCAGAUAAAAAACUUCCUAAAACGACGGGUGGCUUCGGCUUGGAAAUUAAAAGAAACUCCAGUGAUAUUUUUAUCCAAUUGGUGCCCCAAGUGAACAUUACUUUCCAGGUAUUUAUCUACUUAGGCCUCAAUCUGAGCCAUCCUCCCUUACUUUUAUAUAACGCUUCUCAUUUAAGUCCUCCAACAGUCCUCCAAGAGGAUACAAUUAUCACUGGAUGUGCUCUCAACAUUCCUUACAUCUUUUGCCUUCCAAAGUCAUUGCUUUGGUCUCCAGCUUAUAACAGGGUAGCAGACACGCUCAACCUUUCCAUUGUCUUGCAGUCACAACCAAUUGUGAGACACCAAACCGCAAAAUCUCUCCGCGUUGCUAUCUUUGCAGCAGGCUGUUUGUCUCUUGAAGGCGUUCAGGAUCAGUGGAAAGAAGAACCCUGCAGCCUUGGACCUCAAACCAGCUGGUCGAAAAUCCACUGUGUCUGCCAAGGGAAAAAAAACAGCACGAAGUCAACUAGAUCCGAUUCAAGAGGGGCUUCAAGACCCAGAGUCCGAUUUUUGGCUGGCAAGUUACUUCUAUUUCCCAAUCAAGUUGACAUGAAAAUGUUGCUUUUACAACCGAUGGGAAGAAAUCCUGUCCCAGGGUUUAUGGUGCUUGCUGUUUUCCUACUCUACAUUUUCUUGGCUGUCUGGGUGAGAAGAAAAGACAAAAUUGAUAUUGAAGAGCAGAUUAUAUAUUUGCCAGAUAACGACCCGUUUCACACCACGAGAUACCUGGUGACCAUCUAUACCGGGAGCCGCCCAAGUGCAGGGACCAAAGCGGAUGUGUUCAUAGAGCUGAUUGGCCAGAAUGGAAAAAGUAAUGUGCAUCUCUUAAAGCACCCAUCAUUUCCAGAGAUCCUUCAGAACAGCUGCAUUGAUACUUUCAUGCUAACUACUGGGGAAGAUUUGGGAGAUCUCGUCUCUAUCCACAUCUGGCACAAUUAUUGUGGCUUUGGUCCAAACUGGUACUUGAGCCGAAUCAAAAUCCUCAGCGUAGACACAAACAGGUCGUGGCUGUUUCUGUGUAGAAAAUGGUUGGCCCUCGGCAGGGAUAACUACCAAAUAGAAUGGACUUUCGAGGUCACGGAUCCACAAGUCCCCAUCAGCAGAACUGAUUAUCUGUUGAUAAUGUUUAGCUAUCACUGGUUCCAAGACCACCUUUGGUUCUCUAUCUUUGUUCGCAGCCUUGACAGCUCCUGGAACAGAUUUCAGAGGCUCUCCUGCUGCUUAGCGAUACUUUUGACCUCCCUGCUGGUCAACACGAUAAUCUUCAACACUAAGAAAGAAGAACAGGUUUAUCUCCUAGAACUGCAGUAUUUGAGGUCCAUAAUAGCCGGUGUUCUUGGUGCUCUCAUCUCCCUUCCUGUGGGAUGGAUUGCAAUAAGCUUGUUUAAGUACUCCGUGAAGGGGUCUUCCAAGUGUAACCUCGCUCAGGGUCAGGAAAAGGAAAGCUUCCCUUGGUUGCUCGAAAGCCUUUUUAAAGCAGAUACUCAACUUUCAGAGAUAAAAUCACAGCAGUUUUCAGCCACAGAUACCAAUGUUAGUAAUAAUUAUGCAGCAGAAAAGAAAGCAACUUUGGGUAAAACUCAGAAAUUGCAAUGGGGUAGAUGUUUGUCUUGCAGCGCAUGGUUCUUUGUCUUCCUUAUAUCUGGGCUAGCCUCAUUUUUCAUCACAUUCAUUGGCCAGUCUUUUGACCACAAAACAUCCUCCGAAUGGCUAAUAGCUGCUCUGAUAUCGUUCUGUCUCCAUGUGAGCUUCUUUGAGACCUUGCAAAUUGUUGUUUACUCCAGCUGGAAUAUCUGUUUGGCAAAAUACUGCGCAAACAUCCCAUGGCAAGGCUAUCAUGCUAUGACGUACACACCAAGAACGUUGGACGCUGACGAGAUGGAGAAGUUGCACAAUGACCUGGUGGAACUGAGAGCUUCCAAGAAAUACCAACCCAUCAAAGAGGAAGAUGUUAUAGCCAUGCAAAAGAAGAAGCUGAUUCAAUAUCUAGCUUACAAAUAUGUGAAGGACAUGAUCUGCCAUUUUAUCUUCUUGGGUUUAAUUUUCGCCAUCUCACACCCAAUAGAUGUUACGGCUGCCUUCUUUUACAAUCGCGCCAUGUCUAGAGAAUUUUCUCCUGAUUUACCCAAUUUGAAUGGAGCCCAGGAUGUUUACAGAUGGGUAAACAAAAGCUUUCUGCCACUGAUACACAAUCCUUAUCUCCCAAGCUAUCUUCCGGUCUCCGGGUCCAAAAUCCUGGGAUUGCCCAGAAUGAGGCAAAUAAGAAAGAAAUCUGCAGACAGAUGUCUACUCCCCUACGAAUUAAAAAACAUGUUUUUGCUGGCUAAUAUUCAGUGCAAGAACAAAUAUGGAUUCAGCCAGGAAGAUCAAAGUAACUAUGUGGGCUCGUGGUCAACUCCAACGGACACCUCUGUUCCCAAGAACCAUGCUGAGUUUUUAGGCUUCAGUUAUGAGCCAAGCAGUGCCCAAUGGGAGUAUAUGUCCUAUGGACGAUUAAAUGACUAUCCUUCCAGGGGAUAUACGUUUUAUUUUUUCCCCGAAGAACCACAAGUGAAUUCAACGCAAAGGUUGGACGCUUUGGAAACGAACAGCUGGAUUGACAACAAGACGUGGGCAGUGAUUUUCGAACUCACAACUUUUAACGUUGAUGCCAAUAUGUUCUGCAGCAUUUCCGUCAUUUUUGAACUUUCUUUCCUCGGCCCUGUGAAUGCCAGCAUCGUUGUACAUUCUUACAAACUCCCGUUUUUCACCCAUCAAAACAUGAGUGAGAUUUUCUUCUUUUGCCUGACGAUAUACAUACUUAUUAUUUAUAUUGCUGACGAAUGCCACAUGAUGUACCAAGAACAGCUGAGCUAUUUUACCCUGGCUACCAACCUGAUCAACUUUGGGAUAAAGACCAACUGUAUUCUUUUUCUGGUGGUGCUUUUGUGCAAAUUCAAGCUUUCUUCCGAUUUGGUGCAAUUUUACUUACUGCAUUCCCAAGAGUUUGUUCCAUUCCAUUCGGCUUCCCAAUUCGACCAGACUGUCAGAGGUGUGCUGGGGAUUCUGGUUUUUUUCCUGGUUCUGAAAACGUAUCGCUAUGUCAGAUUUCUGUUCGAUUUACGCUUAGCCCAAAAAACCCUCAGAACGGCCCUCGCUGGUAUCAUCAAUAUAACCGUAAUGGGUAUCAUAUUUUUCAAUGCAUACAUGGCACUCGGAUACGUGGGAUUUGGCCAACAUGAAUGGCAUUUCCGCAGCCUAAUGUAUUCCUUCACGACCGUGUUGUCUUAUUGUGCCUUAACAUUUAAGGACACUGAAUUUUUGUCUGACAAAUUUCUAGGGGGUCUUUUUUUAGCAUCCUUUCUGUUGGUGAUGAUCUGCGUUUUUGUCAAUUUAAGUCAAAUCCUCAUCAUGUCAGCUCACUCAGACAUGAAGGAAGUUGUUUUCAAUGAGCCUUCCAAUGAAGCUGAUGUAAUGUAUUUUAUACUCCAGAAGGUGUACAGGAUGUGGUAUUUUGCCAGUACUGGUACCUACACAAAAUCAGAGACUGAUAUUUUUAAUAAUAUACUGUAUGGGAAAGUUAAGAAACGUAGAAAACAGCCCUUGAGAAAACACUUGGGAAAGAAAGAAAGGCUUUAUGUUGUUGUUUGA